AUGGACUUCCAUCAAGAUGAAUGGGUCAUCAAAAUCAGGAAAUCACUCCAAGAAGAGAUUGAAGAGGAUGAAGAAGAUGAUGGCGAUUAUGAGUUCCAUGUUUCCAUCACUUCAGUCCCCAACUCUCUAAAAUCGGCCGCUCCUGAAUCAUAUAUUCCUCAACUCAUCGCCAUUGGCCCCUACCACCAUUUUCGAGCUGAUCUCAACGACAUGGCUCGGUUUAAGCUCUCUGCUGCAAAAAGAAUUCAGAAGCAGUUACACGGCCUGAAGCUCCAGGAUAUUGUGGAUGAAUUUGGCAAGGCAGAGCACAAGAUUAGGGCGCAUUACGACAGAUAUUUCAACUUAAGUGUGGAGUACUUAUCAUGGAUGAUGGCCAUUGAUGCAUGCUUCCUACUUCAAUUCCUUCGAGCCUAUGCCGUCGAUGAUGCAAAAGCUCUGCAAGGAUUAUCACCUUUCAUGUCAAGGAGGAAAUCCACACACAAUUCAGUACUCAGAGACAUUCUAAUGCUGGAGAAUCAGAUACCACUCUUCCUGCUAAGAAAAGUUUUAGACUUUGGUUGUACUUCCACAGAAGAAGCAGAUAACUUGCUUUCAACAAUGCUGAAAAACUUCAUAAUGGUGAUUUCACCAUUAAAGAUAACAAUAGAGAACUUCCCACAAAAUUUUGAUGCCAAAAAAAGCUCUCACUUGCUAGAAGUCAUCUACACCUUAUUUGUUCCCGAAAGUUCACUACUGUCAGAGACUGCUGAGGCCGAAGAUGAAGAAGACAACAAUUCAUUAAACAAUCAAGCUCAAAAAUUUUUUAAUCAUGCCAAGCAAGUGAUCAUAUCUUGGCCAAUCAAACUCCUACUGAAGUUUUCUUUUGGAAUACUCACAAAUCUUCCUGGUUUUUUGAUCUUAAGGCAGUCAUUUGAGUAUUUUUCUCAAUCUGAGAACACCAGAUCUGCAGAUUCAAACUUGCCAAACAACUGCAACAUAAAAAAACCACCUUUGACAGAAGAAAUCGAGAUACCAUCAGCGACAGAGCUCGUCGGUGCCGGCAUUCGUUUCUUGCCUACAAAUCCGCCAUUGUCUGAAAUCUUGUUUGAUUCAAAGACAGGAACUUUGCACCUACCUGCCAUAACCAUUGAUGCCAACACUGAAGCAUUGUUGAGGAACUUGGUGGCCUAUGAGACUGCGGUGGCCUCUGGACCUCUGGUUUUCACUCGUUACAUUGAGCUGAUGAACGGGAUUGUCGACACAGAAGAGGAUACGAAGGUUUUGAGGAAAAAAGGAGUGAUUUUGAACGGGUUGAAGAGUGAUGCAAAAGUUGCUGUACUUUGGAAUGAUAUGAGCAGGUCGGUAAGGCUUACAAAGGUGGUGUUUUUGGACAAAGUUAUUGAAGAUGUGAACGUUUAUUAUAAUAAAAGUUGGAAGGUAAAGGCUAAGAGAUUAGUUAGGAUAUAUGUGUUGGGUUCAUGGCAGUUUCUUGUGUUUGUAGCGGCUGUUUUGCUAUUGUUGCUUGUGAGCUUGCAGGCCUUUUGCUCUCUCUUUAGUUGCACACAUAGAGGAGAGAAAACAAAAGUAAACUGA